UCUUAUUUCUGUUCAUUGCAAUGCUGCAUACAGUACUGCAUUUGUUAUAUUGUGUGUGAUCUCUCCCAAUCUUGCAACAUAUUCCUGUAGUACCUUUUAACAUAUUGUAGGUGCUCAAAAGGUACUUGUCAAACCAAAUUGAAUGUGUAUAUUGUUUCCAGUCUGGGUGAACAAAAUAUCUUUUACUCCACAGAAAUGAAUGGAAGGCAGAUUUGAUUAUUCAUUCCAUCUUGUCUCCCAUAGGAGGAAAAUAUUUCUUACCAGUCUCUAGUCUCAAAGUGGUGAACCCUGCAGGCAGCAGGCCUUCUGAAAAAAAUCCAUGGGUGACAGAAGAUUCAUUGACUUUCAAUUUCAAGAUUUAAAUUCAAGCUUCAGACCCAGGUUGGGCAAUGCUACUGCCAAUAAUACUUGCAUUGUUGAUGAUUCCUUCAAGUAUAAUCUGAAUGGUGCUGUCUACAGUGUUAUAUUCAUCCUGGGUCUGAUAACCAACAGUGCCUCUCUGUUUGUCUUCUGCUUCCGAAUGAAAAUGAGAAGUGAGACUGCUAUUUUCAUCACCAAUUUGGCCCUUUCUGAUUUGCUCUUUGUCUGCACUCUACCUUUCAAAAUAUUUUACAAUUUCAACCGUCACUGGCCUUUUGGUGACACCCUUUGCAAGAUCUCUGGGACUGCAUUCCUCACCAACAUCUAUGGGAGCAUGCUCUUCCUCACCUGUAUUAGCGUGGAUCGUUUCCUGGCCAUUGUCUAUCCCUUCCGAUCUCGUACCAUUAGGACAAGGAGGAAUUCUGCCUUUGUGUGUGCUGGAGUCUGGAUCCUAGUCCUCAGUGGUGGUAUUUCAGCCUCUUUGUUCUCCACUACUAAUGUCAACAAUGCAACCACCACCUGUUUUGAGGGCUUCUCCAAACGUAUCUGGAAGACUUAUCUGUCCAAGAUCACCAUAUUUAUUGAAGUUGUUGGUUUCAUCAUUCCUCUGAUUUUAAAUGUCUCUUGCUCUUCUGUGGUGCUAAGAACCCUCCGCAAGCCUGCUACACUGUCUCAAAUUGGAACCAAUAAGAAAAAAGUGCUGAAGAUGAUCACAGUUCAUAUGGCAGUCUUUGUGGUAUGCUUCGUACCCUAUAACUCUGUCCUCUUCCUGUAUGCCCUAGUGCGCUCCCAAGCCAUUACCAAUUGCUUGUUGGAAAGAUUUGCAAAGAUUAUGUACCCAAUCACCUUGUGCCUUGCAACUCUGAACUGUUGCUUUGACCCUUUUAUCUAUUACUUCACCCUGGAGUCUUUUCAGAAGUCCUUCUAUGUUAAUACCCAUGUCAAGAUGGAAUUCCUGUUUAAGACUGAAAUACCUUUGACCACAAAGCCUUCCCUUCCAGCUAUUCAAGAGGAAGUUAGUGAUCAAACAACACAUAAUGGUGGUGAAUUAAUGCUAGAAUCCACCUUUUAGGUAAUGAGAACUGUCCAGAUAUGGUUUUUCCUAGGAUUUUUCCUAUGCUAUGAAUAAAAGAAACAAUUUGAAGCUAAUGAUAACUGAAAAUAGAUUAAUGUACUGAAUACAGUCAGGUACAUUUAUUUGAAUGUUUAUUGUGCAUAUGCUGUUUUGUUCAAUAAUUAUAGGUCAGGUCUAAUUACAACAACCAAAAGAGAUUGCCAAACUCUUCUGCUGGGUUAUAAUUUCAUUGUGUCACAUUAUACAAGUGGUCAGUGGCCUUUGCUUCAGUGAUAUAAAGAUUAUCGUAAAUUUUUUAGAAAGAUAUUUCCACUCUGGUAAUAUUUGUUAAUUAGGUUGGGCCUAUAAAUAUAGAACAAAUUCAGGGAUUAUUUAAAAAAAACUUUUGUGUUACUACUGAUACAUGUUACUCUUUUUUUUUCCUUUUUUUGUAUUAUUAUAGAGUAUAUUUUUAGCAUAAGAACAUAUUGUAGCCUAACAUUAUUGGUAAGAAGUGUAUCCAAUUUAAAAGAACUGACAAAUUUCAUUGUAUAUGUUUUGAAAACAGAAACAUAAAUUGUGUUUGCAUAAAUAUGGAUGGGAAGAAACAAAAUUAGCUGGAUUUACACAAUUGUAAUCACCAGCAGUGUCAGGUUUUUUUUAAUCUUCCUUUUUUUUACACUACAUUAAGAUUUUCAUAUGAAAUUUCAAAUCCGGAAAGCUGUGCUCAAAACAAUUACAGAAUAAAAAAUCACAUAAAACAACAAAUGUCCAUUAAAAAAACUAGCAACACCAACAUUUUUUUCUUAGAAUUUUUAAUUAUCUUUCUUUUGAGAGACUGAUACUAUAUAAUAUUCUUCGUAUGAUGUUUUGGAGCACAAUGCAUUUAUUCCCAGGUCAGGAGCAAAUUGAAAAAAUUAACAACAAAAUAAUAACACAAAAUAAAAUCAUAAAGCACAUUUUAAAAUCUUGCUUAAAAUUUUCAUUAAUAAAUUUUUUGGGGGGGAGAGGAGAUCUGUAACUUUAAAUAACUUAUUCUUUCAUGUUAAAUUUUGGAGCACAAUGCAGCCAGGUUGCUGCUAGAGUUUGUGGCCAGAUCAGGAGCAUAUUGAAAAUAAAUUCAUAAACCAAACUAAACCAAUACAAUAAAACUCAGAAAAACUGCAAAACAACAAAACAAUAGAAAAUAAUCCCUAGCACUUGCAUUUGUAUUUUAUUUAUUUUUGGAGGUUCUGUAAAUUUAAAAGUAUCAUAUCAUUUGUGUGCAAUUUCAGAGUACAAUACAGGUAGAAAUCUGCUAAAUUUGUGCCCAGGUCAUGACCAUAUUGGGGGGGGAACCCCAUAAAACAAUCACUUACAAAACAAAACAAAACAAAAUAAAACAAAACACACAAGAAUUUAGAAUUUGCAUUUUCUUAAGGAUUUUUAAAACUUGCAAAAUACCAUGAUUUUCAUAUGAUGCUUUGGAUCAAAGUGCAGUUAGGAAGCUGCUAAACUGGUGUUAGUUCAGGAGCAAUCAAAAUAAAUAUUUACAUAUAUACAAAAGAAGAGAAAACAUUUUUUGUAACACCCUUAAACAAUAAAAGAAACAAAAUAAUCUUUAAAACCUUUUACUAUUUAUUGGAUGAAAUGUAGAUUUAAGCAUAUUAAGACAUGUAAAUGGAGCUUCUGAGCACAGUAUAAUUUGAAAGGUGCUACAUUUGUGCUCAUGUCAGAAAGAAUGAAAAUAUAUUCCCUCAUCUACAUUCUACACACACACACACACACAAUUAAACACUGAGAAACAAUAGAAAUAUUCUUAAAAUGUGUACUGAUCAAACUUUAAAAUAUUUGGAUGAUAUGGUAAUUUAAAAAUGCUAAAACUUUUAAAGUAAAACUUCCAGGAAUAAUGCAUGUGCCAGGAAGUGAUUUGAAAAAAAAAGAAAAAAAAACACACCAUAAAACGAUAAUAGAAAAAAUAAAUAUUUUAAAUGAUACUCAAAUUCUUUUUUAUUUUUUAAAUGUUUAUUUAUUUUUGAGAGAGAGAGAGAGAGAGAGAGAUACAGAAUCCCAAGCAGACUCCAGGCUCUGAGCUGUCAGUACAGAGCCAGACACAGGGCUCGAGCACAGGAACUGUGAAAUCAUGACCUGAGCUGUAGUCGGACACUUAAUUGACUCUGUCACCUAAGCACCCCAAAUGAUAAUCAAAUUCUUAAAACUCUCAUUUACCUUUGUUUUUCUUUCUGGUGUUAUAUAGAUUUAAAAAUACUGAUUUUUAAGUUUAAAACAUGAGCACAAUGUAAAUUUUUUACAUGAAUCCUUCAUAUUUUAUUUUAAUUCUGUUAUAGUAAACAUACAGUGCUACAUUAGUUUCAGGUGUACAAUACCGUGAUUCAACCAUUCCAUACAUCACUACUUAAUACCCAUCACCUAUUUCACCCGCCCUUUCACCAACUUCCCCUUAUAUUAAUCCCUUAAAUCAAAUGUUACCAUAAAUGUAUAAAUCCCUACCACUAAUGGAAACCAUCCAACAUUUUUAUACCAAUUGGUUAAUUACAAAUUGUUAUUUUUUCCUUCUGGUAUUAACAUUUGCUUGUGUAACAUUCUCCAACAACUCUAUAGAACUUACUGAAUGGGGAGAAUGUCUUCAUUCUGAUUCUGCAAAUCAAAAGUAUACAAGCCCAGAACAGAAUUUUUGGAUGCUCCAAUACCAAAUCCUGACUUAAUUUUAGUCUAUAUUAAAUAAAGAAAUAAACUAAAAACAAUACCAGGCUUGAUGUACAGUAAAUUGCCUAGUUUCUUUUGUAAAAUCUGUUUCCUUACUAGGAUAAAAAUGACCAAUCUGAGCCUGGGUUAGGAACCAAGUUAAUAAAAUGCUAAAACAAUAGAACAAUAAUGAAAAUAAAUUUUCAAAAAUAGCAUUAGUUUUUCUUUGUGAUCUAAAGUCCUAAAACUAAUCAUGCAUUGUAUUGUCUUGUGAAAACAUUAUAUACAGAAUAUAUAAGCAUUAGAUUCAGUUUGAUGAAAUUAGGUUAAGUUAGGCUAAGUUCACUUGUUAGGUUUUGUUGUAAGAUCAAAUUAGUAAUCAAAGUAUGAAUAAUCUUUUGGGGUUUUUUUAGUAUUCUUUCUUUCCCACUUGUAAGUAUAAACUACAUGUAACUUUGUGCCCUUGGCCCUCAAAAUUAUAAAAUUUUAGGAUUAUGACACCAAAAAGUUUAAUGGGAUAUGUUAAGCAAGUUGACAUAAAAUAUAUCAACAAAUCAGUUUCUUUCUGUGUAAUUUGCAUAUUUAGUUUUGUUUAAUUUUCCAUAUUUCAAUUUAUUUUAACUAAUUUCAGUUUUUAUCAUUAAUAUAACUUGCUAUUAAUAAAAAACUUUUUUCAUAUGAACAAUGUAACAAACAAAAUGUAAGAAAUAUAAAAUUUAUUUUUAUUUCAAAUUUAAAAGCAAAAACAAUAAUUCAGUUUCAUUACAACUUGGAUUUCAAAUGCUUACUAAAUGUAAUAAAUAUGUUUGGAUUAUCUAGUAGUCAUACUUUGGUCAACUAUUUAUUAAACUUUGCCUUUAUUUAUAGGCACCCAGAGCCAUUUUUCCUUUACCUUCCCUCCAUCCUUUAGGAAAAAAACUUAUUAAGGAGGUACCUGGGUGGCUCAGUUGAUUCAACAUCCAACAUCUGCUCAGGUCCAGAUCUAGCAGUUUGUGAGUUCAAGCCCUACUUCAGGCUUGCGGCUGUCAGCGUGGAGCUGGCUUCAGAUCUUCUGUUCCCCUCGCUCUCUGUCCCUCCACUCACUCUCACUCUCAAAAAUAAAUUUAAAAAAAAAACAAUAAAAAAUUAAAAAAGAAAAAUAUUAUUAAAGUAUGUUUGAUCUAAAGUCAAUUUUAAUACUUUGUUUUUGAGGCUGUCUGAAGACUAAUGCAGAAUUUAAAAUGGCAAGCCCCUGGGUGACUUUUCAGGAAUCAAGCUGAAAGAUUACUGCUUUCUCUGAUUCAUCCAGUUUGGCUUUGAUUUAUUUGGGGCUUCUUGCCAAGCCAACCCUUGAAUCUGACCUCUCAUAUUUGAUUAAAUUCCUUAUGACAGCUAGGAGUCCUGGAGCAAGUCAGGGCAAACAGACCAUCUGACAACAAUGAGAUGAUUUUGGAGCUGGAUAGCUCCCAGAUCAAUAUCAGUUACUAGAAUAGGCAUUGAUCCCAGGAUGACAACACAGGGAAUUCCCAUUUAUCAUUCUCAUACCUUCUAACUCUCAGGGAAAGCAAUGUCAGCAUCUCAUAAACCAUUGUAUGUGUUGAUUCCCUCAUGAAAUGAUAAAUACUGUCUUUUCUGACACCCUUACCAGCAUGAUCAACCCUAGGUCAUUUUUAAAGUUAUAGGAACUUUGUCAUUCAUGACCUUCUAGGCCAGGUCUUCCGAAAAAAUGGAGACAAAGGUUGUUUUAUGUAUCCAUUAACCUUCUUCCAUCUCUGUCUCCACCUCUAAACCCCUGCACCUUAUAUUUUCCAUGGUUUCCAAAACUCUGUCUUUCCUGUGACCCUUUCUGACAUCUCUCCUCUUCAGAGAUAUUGCUUCUUUCUGGACCAAAAACAAUACAUAAACCUCUGUCAAGACAAUGACAGGUAGAAUAGAUUUACACUGAAGUGUUAAUGAUUGAUCCUUCCACCCACUGCUUUUAAUCCUCCCAGUGAUGUUUACAUCUUAGGAAAAGAGUCUGGUUAAUUCAAAUGACUGAAGCAGGGUUGGGAUAAGGAGACAUAACUGUCUUCUUGAGCCUCAGCAUUCUUCAAUUCAUGGUAAGGCCUCUGCAACUGUUACUUUCUUGUUCCACUCUCAAUAUUACUCUGUGUAUCAUUGAGUCCAAAACACAUUGCCCUUUUCCAGAUAUCUGUCUUUUCCAAAACUGCCUGCAGUGACUGGAAAUCUAUGUUCUCAUUUCCUUCCGAUAUGCUUGGAUUAUUUUCCCCAAAUGUCUCCUGAUUCUGGUGGACUUGGCGAAAUGCUUCUUAAAAUAUGAAGCUGUUCGGAGCACCUGAGUGGCUCAGUUGGUUAAGCAUCCGA